CCACUGCAAGCAAUUUUGCUUGCCUUUCAACCGAAUCCAAGCCCUAUAUCUCUUUGUUUAUGGUAAAUCUGUUUGUCCUCAUGGCCUGAUGAUGGGAAGAGCUAUCUCCUUGAAGUUGCAGGCGAAUCCCUCUCUAUUGCAGCUUCGAGUGCAUCUCAAUUUGUUGGGAGGUGGAAUGGGCCCUUGAAUCUUGAGUGUUUGAUUGAAGGAUGGUUUCGAUUGCUGGCUUUCUCACAGGCGGAAGGUGGUGGUGUGACCAUGUGGUAAUGGUUGUGGCCUUGUGGUGGGGUGGGUUGGAGAUAGGAAUUAUAACUUCCUGCAGUCGUUGCUUCUGUAUCAAGAGCUUCUGACGGAAACCCAGAAUAAAAGCAGCAAGCUUUGAAAGCAAAAGACCGUUUUUCUGGGUCGGUGGUGAUGUGGAGAAUGAUGGGGACAUGCACAAAUCCAAGCUGAGGGUGAGGACUGAUGAGAAUACCCAUUUGUUAUUUUCUAUUGCACGUUCCCAAAUUUCGAAGGUUUCUUUUGAUUGAACUAAAAUCAUCUAAAAUCA